AUUUGUUUCCUAAUAAAAUGUUGUUAUUAAAUUAAGGCUGUCAUUGACUAACAUUAUCAGUUACGUAGUAAAUGCGACGGUAUAUUUUAUUUAUGUACUCUAAUAAUGAUAAUAAUAUGAAUGCCUAAUGGAUAUGAAUAUAUGUAUAUUUGUUAUACGUAAAAAAUUUGACAUUAUAUUAUUACCAACAGUCACGUUCGAGGAUAAAAACAGGAUUCGUCAAGUAACUUAUUUCUUUUGAUUUGAAUAUAAUGCUAAACAAAUAAAAGUGAAGUGAAACAUUAACUACAUUUGUGAAGUAAAUUGUUUGAUUAAAACCGGUUGAAAUGGAAAAUAUAGACAGCAAUCAACAUCUGCCUUCAUACAAUCGAGAAACAUCUGAGCAAAAACAUUGUUGGGUAUGUUUUGGUACUGAAGAAGAUGAGUUUGAAGGUGGCAGAGAUUGGGUAUCACCAUGUAAAUGUCGUGGUUCUACACGAUGGGUUCAUCAAACUUGUGUCCAACGAUGGGUUGAUGAAAAACUAAAAGAAAAUGUUCAUGUUAAAGCUCAUUGUCCUCAAUGCAACACAGAAUAUAUAAUUUUGUACAAUGAAGUCAAUUUCUUUGUUCAAGUAUUAAAUAAACUUGACAAAACAGCCAAUCAGUUAUGUCCGUUUGUAGCUGCUGGUGUUGUUGUCAGUACUAUUUAUUGGUCAGCAGCCUCUUAUGGAGCAAUAACUGUGAUGCAGGUAAUGGGUGAACAAGAAGCUAUAUUAUCUAUGGAAGAAACAGACCCAUACAUAUUGCUUUUGAUACUACCAGCUAUACCUCUCAGUCUGAUUUUAGGAAAAACAAUUAAUUGGGAAGAAACUUUACUCCUGCUUGUACAACGUUUUACUUCACAAUUGCCUUUGUUGAGAACUAUUUUGCCAACAUUUUUAUGUGAACCUGCUAAUACAUCAACUAGUUCAGUUCAAUUUAAUCAAGUUAUUAACCCAACAACUACUCUUUGUGCUGCUCUUUUAUUGCCAACUACUGCAACCAUAGUUGGAAACAUAUUAUUUGACAAUAGCUCAUACUCAAAUUUUCAAAAAACAAUACUAGGUGGAUUAGUAUAUAUUGCAGUCAAAGGUGCAUUGCGAAUUUAUCAAAGACAGCAUAAUAUUAUAAAAGAAAGAACUCGAAAAGUUGUUGAUUAUCCAGAAUCUGAUGCUGAAGAAAACCAUUCAUAAUUUAUGUGGAAAUUAUAAAUCACUGUUGGCAUCACUAAAUCUAUUUUAAAAUUGUAUAAAACAUUUAAUUUGUAUAAACCUAAAAAAAAAAGUUAUUAAUAAUAAUUAGUA